GGUAAGGUGACCGAUAUCUUCGACGUUGUUGAAAUUUGAGGGUAGACACAAACGCUGGCGCCAUUGCCAUCGCAAAACGUCCAUUGCAACCUUCGUGUUCACAUUCUGCCUAGUCGGGUGAGGUGACGUGGUGCAUUCUACAUUUUGAAAAUGUUCCGUUACACUAUUUGUCUAGUGUUGGUGCUCAGUCCAGUGCUUACCCGGCACGUGCCCCGCUUCGGCGAGCUCGACGCCGAGGAGCAGCAGCUUUACCGCGCCGCCUACGACACGCCCUCCUACGACCACGACGAGUACCAAGAAGAUGACCUCGAGCCCGGCAAGCUGGACCUGCUCAAGGACGGCCUUUGGGCCAUCAAGGCCAAGAUCAAGGAGCUGAAGGCCUUCGACAAAGCCCUGGCGGCCAACGUGCUCACCACCAAGCUGAAGCUGAAGGAGCUCUUGGAGUACCAUCUGAAGAAGAAGCCGAUAGAACUCGUGGUGGAAAAGAAGAAGCCGAGCUACCAAAGCUAUCCUCAGGCCCCCGCGUACCCUGCGCAGGCGCAGUAUGAGCCGCAGUACGCGGCGCCGGCGCCGGCCUACCACCACGACCCCUACUACGGACACUGAUCCAGAGUCUUCGCGUCCCGGGCGUAUUCCCAUUUGACCCCGCCGAGCAUAUAUGGGUAUAGGUGUUUCCAUAUAAACCAUUUCCAUGUGGGGCGGGGACAAAUAGGAAUGCACUGCAUCCCGCAUCAUCAGCCUCCGAGUUCCUAAACGUAUUGGUCUCCGGUUAAGCGUACGUUGUUUACAGCAUCACAUUAUAUGGAAAUACUGCAUUUCUAUAGAACAUGACGAUGUAUGCAGACUGGAGACCGAAGUCUAAAUAUGGGAGGCGUAUAGCGCUGGCGCGACGUCACCUAAGUUAGAUUGAACCAAUAUUGAAAAAUCGAAAAUCGUUAACGAUAUCUCUCUCGCUCAAAUAUGCAGUUAAGUGAAGAGCGAUAACGAUUUUCGAAUUUUCCAUGUUGGCGAUAGGUCCUGUUUUUCUGAUUUUGAUCGAAUGAUGUAAAUAUGUACAGUUGCAAUUAUUCGUAGUUCUUCUCUCUUCUUCUUUACUAUAAGAAGACAGAGUAGACAUGCUGUCAAAAUUUACCAAUAUGUUUUGAAUUUGAUAUAAUUAAUUAAUAAAUUAAGUGUUCUUUUA